AUGGAGCAAGAGAACGGUACGCCUCCCAUACGAAAUGCGGUGGAUACAUAUAGUUCGAAAAUCGAACUGGCUUACAAUGGUUCGAGAGAAGACCUCGAACCUUACGUGCCUGCAGACCAUAGACCACAGGGAUCAAACACAUCGAGCUUCGGAGCAUUGGCACAUUUGUUAAAAGCCUCUCUCGGUUCCGGAGUACUCGCUAUGCCUCUUGCCUUCAAAAAUGCUGGACUUGCCGUUGGCGUUAUAGGCACAAUGUUGAUUGGCUUCGUUUGUGCACACGUCAUUCAUGUUUUAGUUAAAACAUCACAACAACUUUGUACAGAAAUCAAAAAGCCAUGUUUAGGAUAUGCGGAUACAUGUGACUUGGUCUUCCAAAACGGUCCUAAACCUAUUAGAAAAUAUGCCCCUUAUGCAAGAGAACUAGCGGACUGGGCUCUAGCUGUCACGCAUUUAGGCGCCUGCUGUGUUUACGUGGUCGUUAUAGCUGAAUCUUUCAAACAAGUUUCAGAUGAAUACGGUGGACCAGAAUGGUCUGUAACAAUAUUUUGCGCGCUAACUCUAGUAGUACUCAUACCAUUGACUCAAAUUACAAAACUUAAGUACUUAGUGCCAUUCUCAGCUUUAGCAAACUUUGUAUGGCUGACAUCUAUAUGUAUAUCUGUAUAUUACUGUCUGAAGAACCCACCGCCAGUUUCUACAAGAAAUAUGUCGACAUCUAUCUCUGGCUUACCUAAUUUUAUAAGUACGUGCCUCUUCGCUAUGGAGGGCAUUGGAGUGAUCAUGCCAAUUGAAAAUGAAAUGACCAAGCCCCAAGAAUUCUUGGGAUGUCCUGGAGUGCUGAACAUUGCUAUGACUGCAGUCGUCGCUUUAUAUGCCUUCGUCGGAUUUUGUGGCUAUCUAAGCUUCGGUGAGGAAGUUAGAGGGAGUUUAACAUUAAACUUACCUAAAGACGAGAUAUUAGCACAAUCUGCCAAAAUUUUAGUAGCCUGUGUAAUGGUGCUCUCAUACGCCUUGAUUUUCUACGUACCAGUGGACGUAGUAUGGAGACGGAUACAAGAUAGAGUUCCCGCUAGAAGCCAUAGAUGGAGUGUAGCCGCCUUAAGGCUUUUUGGAACACUUUUUACAGUCGGUCUUGCCUGCGCUAUACCGAGGCUAGAACUCUUCAUGGAGUUAGUUGGCGCUGUAUGCUUGUCCAUUAUGGGUCUGUCUCUGCCUGCUAUCGUCGAAACAGUUUGGCGAUGGGGUAAAGACCUAGGCCCUUUUUACUGGAUACUCUGGAAAAACUGCCUUAUUGUGUUCUUCUCCUUAGUCGCCUUGGUCUCUGGAGUAACUUUCUCAAUAAAAUCUAUGAUUGACACAUUG